AGGUCAGCGGCAUCCUGGGCCUUGCACCGCCGGCCGGCAAUGAGUCCACGGGAGUCUUGCAGGACAUGUUCAGAGACUGGAGAAGCGUAAACCCCGGGCUCUUCUCCAUGUGCCUGGCAGAGGACGGCGGCGUUCUCACGUUCGGUGGAACCAACAGGCAGUACCACACAGCUGCCGAGGGUGGCUCUGUAACUUGGCUGCGGAUGAAGGCGGACCGCUACUACAAUGUGUCCCUGGUCAGUCUGCGGGUCGGCGCGCACUCGAUGCCCACCACGGACGCGGACGCCGAAGUGGCCGUCAGCAGUGGCACCACGUACACGUACUUCCCCGAGAGAGUGUUCGAGAGGAUCGUGAAGUCGAUCUACGAGCACUGCGGCCUCCACAACUGCGAUGCCUGGAGGGAAGGCGCGGACCCCAUCUGCUGGCGCCUCGGGCGCUACACCAGGAAGCCCGACAAGUUCCCGACCAUCCACCUCGAGUUCGAGGGCCUGCACGGCGCGCCCGUGAGCGUCAGGUGGCCCCCCGACGGCUACCUGUACCACCGCGGCGGCGAGGGGCAGGUGUGGUGCCAGGCCUUCCUGCGGAACGCCCUCCCGCAGACGGUGCUCGGAGCCUCGUGGAUGGUCCACCGGGACGUCAUCUUCGACAUAGCGGGGAAGCGCCUGGGGGUCGCGCCCGCGAAUUGCCCCAGGAGGGCGGAGGAGCUGUGCACCCGCGAGGACUCGCUGGAGGAGGAGGAGGUCGACGCGGACGGGGAGCAGUGGGGCCGCAUGGAGGCGGAGCCCCGGGCCUCCACGGAGCUCGUCGUCUUCGCGGCGCUCGUCGUCGCGGCCGGGGCGGUCCUCGCGUGCCGCGCGAGCUCCCUCUCGGCCAACCAGCGGCAGCACGUCAAGCGCGGCCAGCGGGGGCCCCCUCGGCCCCCAGGCGGGCGCGGGCAGGAGUGACCGACGGGGGCCCGCCGCCGCGCGCCGCCGAGGGGCCCCGGCCGAGGGCGCGCGGGGAGCGCG